GCGUUUCUCGCUCGCUCGCUCUCUAGGAAAUUGGAACGGAAAUGUAGGUCGGUAGUAUUGAUUUUUCCCAUUUAAUCGGGGAACAAAGACGUAUCGUAGCUUGUGCUGUUAAAAUUUAAAUAUUACUGUGAUUCCGCAGAAGAAAAGCAACAAAAAUGCCAGACGCGGAAAUGGCAGCACCAACAGUAGAGAAUGUCCGGGUGGUGGUACGAGUUCGUCCCAUGGACCAGCGGGAGAAGUUGGACAAUUCUUACAACUGUGUGUCGGUGGACUCUGUCAACAACACCAUUGCUGUCACGAGGAACAAUGUGAACCCUCCGGAACCACCCAGAAUUUAUGCUUACGAUGCAGUGUUCGACAGUAACACUUCUCAGAUGGACAUCUACGUCCAGACGGCCAGUCCUAUCGUAGAAGAAGUGCUCCAAGGCUACAACGGUACAAUCUUCGCGUACGGCCAGACGGGCACAGGCAAGACCUACACGAUGGCCGGGAGCAACUCCGCCCCUGAGCUGAGGGGCAUCAUACCUAACUCCUUCGCUCACAUAUUCAGCCACAUCGCCAAAGCUAAAGACGACGAGAAGUUCCUCGUGUGUGUGACCUACCUGGAGAUUUACAACGAGGAGGUCCGCGAUCUGCUUGGCAACAACCCCCAUCAGAGUUUGGAGGUCAAGGAGCGUCCCGACAUCGGCGUCUUUGUCAAGGACCUCACUGGUUAUGUUGUACAUAACGCCGAUGAACUUGAGAAGAUAAUGGCGGUCGGCAACAAAAACCGCCAUAUUGGCGCCACAGCCAUGAACACCGAGAGCUCCCGCUCACACGCAAUCUUCUGCAUCACUGUCGAGUCUUCGAAGAAGGCUGACGAUGGGAAGCUGCACGUCAAGAUGGGGAAGCUUCAUCUCGUCGACUUGGCGGGUUCCGAAAGGCAAAGUAAGACGCAAGCCAGCGGAACACGACUAAAGGAGGCGACGAAGAUCAACCAAUCGCUUUCGGUGCUCGGGAACGUGAUCUCGGCUCUGGUCGAUGGCAAGUCCACUCAUAUCCCGUACAGGAACAGCAAACUGACGCGACUUCUGCAGGACUCCCUCGGCGGAAACUCCAAAACGGUCAUGAUAGCGACGAUCGGUCCCGCUGAGAGUAACUACGUGGAGACGAUUAGCACGCUGCGUUACGCCAACCGCGCCAAGAACAUCGAGAACAAGACGCACGUCAACCGUGAGCCAGGAGACGCUCUGCUCACCAGGUUCCAACAGGAGAUCGAUCAGCUCAAGAAGCAGCUGGAGGAGACCACUAACGAGUUGGAAGAAGAAGCGGAAGAAGAAGAAGGAGAAGUGAGCUCGGUCUCGCUGUCUUCAGAAUCGGAACAAGAACUGGACCUAGAUCCUGAGGACAGGAAGCUGCGGCGGCGGGCGCUUAGAGAAAACAAGGAGAAACUGAAUCGCGAGAAGGCUCAUCAAGCUCGGAAGGUGCUUGAGGAGAAGAAAGCUGAAUUACUCAAAACAAAGAAACAACAAGAGGAACUGAAAGAGAAAUUACAACGUCUAGAGUCGAAAGUGCUCGUGGGCGGAGAAAAUCUGCUCGACAAGGCAGACACGCAGCGGCGGCUUCUGGAGCAGGCAGCCUCCGAGCUCGAGCUGAGGAAGCUCAACGAGCUGCGGCUCCAAGAGGACCUGCAGAAGAGAGAGGCUGAGCGUCUAGACUUAGAAGAGCGAUACUCGAGCUUGCAAGAAGAAAACGCAGCAAAAUCUCGCAAGUUAAAGAGAGCUGUUCAAUUGUUAAACUCGGCCAAGGCCGAGUUGGCCGACCAGCAGCGGGAACAGCAGAGGGAAAUGGAGGGCAUACUGGACAGCGUGAGGGCGCUGCGGAGGGAGUUGCAGCUGGCCGACAGGGUGCUGGACUCCUAUAUCCCAAAGGAGUAUCAGUCGCUGAUCGAGCAAUAUGUGCACUGGAACGAACAGCUGGGCGAGUGGCAGGUGAAGUGCGUGGCGUACACCGGCAACAACAUGAGCACGCCCUCGGCUCACAGCGCUCACGCCGGCAAACAUAUGGAGCCACCGGAUCUCUCGGACCGCUACAUGUCGUACGCGAGCGUCAACGCGCGCGCUCGGCCUCACACCUCCGCCGUGCCGCGGCCGCACACCGCGCUGCGGCAGCGACAGUGAACUUCGACCAUUUUCACACUAGCGUUUUUUGAACGCUCAACGAUUUUAUGACGUUUAUCAAAUAUGUUGCAUUCGACAUUCCAACUAAGGUCAUUUGUAUGAUUAAAAUGCACAUUAGACAUUCCUAUGGUCUCAGGUCAGCGGUUUACAACAACAAUGAGUGAUAAAAAGUCUUCUAAAACCAUUGACCAACAAAAUGAAUACUCACAUGUUUCUA